GGGCAAUUUUGUGUUUAGCAUUUCUUAUAUUUUGUGUUAUGUUGCUUUCUUAUCAAUAAGAGAUGGAUCAUGCUUGUUUUCCUUAAAUUAUGAAAAUUAGCAGCUAAUUGUUAGUAUUUAAUUGUGAAAACUGAUUAAUUGUUUCAGUACUGAAACUUCAUGGCUACAGUUUCAAGAAGCUUUUAGCUUGAGGGUCACCUUUCUUUCGUUCUUUCGUUUUUUUUCAAUUUUUAUGGAGAAGUUCAGGUUGAGAAAUGAUUAGACACUCUCACUACUGCAUAAAAGCAUAAUUACUGGCAUUAAUUACCCUUUUUUAGGUUUUGCAAUGUGAUUCAGUUCUUGGUAUGGUUUUAGCUCGUAUCAUGUUCUUCUUUAUAGUUGCUUCAUAACACGAUUGUAUGGUCAUGUGCUUUGAGCCACUUUCGCUUUGAAGGAGAAAGAUUUUUGUUCGUAUUAAUGUUUUACAUUUUGUUUCUAUGUUUGUUCAUUAUAUGUUUUUCUCUUUUGGGCAGAUACAGCUUAUGUCACAUAAUUUUGUGUUACUAAAAUGUUGGUCUUCUGGGGUUCUAUUUUUUCCUGAGUAUAUAUGGGUUGAUUCAGACAUUUCAUGGGAGUUAUAGAAGAUAUUGAACCACCCUUGAAACGUGUGAAAGGGCCCUUUGGAGAAUCAAAGAGUUUGUCUAAAGACUCAUCUAUCACACAAUCUUUAGCUUGCUCUUUGGGAGACAAGAUGGCUCGGCCACUAACCUCCCAAGGGGAUGAAGAAACAAUUGGUGCAAAAGGUGUCAUCAAAAAAGCAGAAUUCGUCAAAAUCAUAACCAGGGCAUUGUACUCACUUGGUUAUGAUAAGAGUGGGGCCCUUCUAGAGGAAGAAUCAGGAAUACGAUUGCACUCAUCAGUUGUCAAUUCGUUCAUGCAGAAAGUGAUGGAUGGAAAGUGGGAUGAAAGUGUGGCCACAUUGCACAUGAUUGGUAUAUCGGAUGAAAUGACUUUGAAAUCUGUGUCUUUCUUGAUGUUGGAACAGAAGUUUCUCGAGCUUCUACAAAUGGAAAAAGUCAGUGCUGCCUUAAAUACUUUAAGAAAUGAGAUUGUGCCUCUUCAAAUCAAUAUGAGCCGAGUGCAUGAGCUCGCAUCCUGCAUUAUUUCUCCUUUCAAGCCUUCAAUGCUUGGAGUCUCUUAUCAAGAUACUGAUGGUGCAAAGUCAAGAUCAAUAUUAUUAGCAAAACUGCAAAAGUUACUUCCUGCUUCAGUCAUGAUUCCUGAAAAAAGAUUAGAACAUCUUGUUGAAAAGGCUCUUGAUGUACAACGAGGUUUGUGCACAUUCCACAAUACAUUGGAUAGCAAUCUGUCUUUAUAUUCAGACCACCAGUGCGGUAGAAACCAGAUUCCUUCCCAAACUUUGCAGAUACUGGAAGCACACACUGAUGAAGUGUGGUUUUUGCAAUUUUCACAUGAUGGAAAAUAUUUGGCAUCAUCAUCCAAGGAUCAGUCAGCAAUUAUAUGGGAGGUUAAAGAGGAAGGUCAGGUGUUACUGAAACAAAAACUAAGUGGACACCAUAAACCGGUGUUGACCGUUUCAUGGAGUCCUGAUAACCACCAAGUUCUGACAUGUGGACAAGAGGAGGUUAUCAGACGUUGGGAUGUUUUGUCUGGAGAAUGCCUUCAUGUUUAUGAAAAAACUGGUGUUGGCUUGAUUUCUUGUGGAUGGUUUCCUGAUGGUAGAGGGAUUUUUGCUGGCAUGACUGACAGGAGCAUCUGCCUGUGGGAUCUGGAUGGAAAAGAGCUGGAAUGCUGGAAAGGGCAGAAGACACUUAAAAUAUCAGACAUGGCUAUAACAGAUGAUGGAAAGAGGAUCAUAAGCAUAUGUAGAGAAACUGCUAUUCUUUUACUUGACAGGGAAGCUAGAUUUGAGAGAUGGAUUGAAGAGGAGGAAGUAAUUACUUCAUUUUCAUUAUCAAAAGACAAUAAGUUCUUGCUGGUUAAUCUUAUAAACCAAGAAAUUCAUCUCUGGAGCAUAGAAGGUGAUCCAAAAGUUGUGUCAAAGUACAAAGGUCACAAGCGUGCACGAUUUGUUAUCAGAUCUUGUUUUGGUGGAUUUGGGCAAGCAUUCAUUGCUAGUGGUAGUGAGGAUUCACAGGUGUAUAUAUGGCUUAGAUGCUCUGGAGAACUCAUAUUGGCACUGCCUGGGCAUUCUGGAUCAGUUAAUUGUGUGAGCUGGAAUCCAGUAAAUCUUCACAUGUUGGCUUCAGCCAGUGAUGAUCGUACAAUUCGAAUAUGGGGUCUAGAUCACUUAAAAAUGAAGCACAGGGAACAGAGCAAUGGUGCCAUCCACCAUUGCAAUGGAAGUAGUCACAAGUAACAAUUGCUAUACUUUUAAAAUUCCUUGGGAGUUGUCAGACAUUAAUGUUCUUCUUUAGU